CUCGCGGUUCUUCUCCUGCCACGCUGACGUGGAGCAGAUGCUGCUAGAGGCCCAGCUGGAGACGGAGAGCAGUGACAGUGCCCUGGUUGCACUGGGCUCCCCGGCCUGGGAUGAUGAUGGAGCCAGACAGGCAAGCGAGCAGCCUGGGGAGAGUGAGCUGCUCCCUCCCCGCAGCCAGCCCCAGCUGGGCUGCCCCCACCCCUGGCAGCAGGACGUGCCAGAGGAAGCGAGCGGAAGGGAGCGGCACCUGCCAGCAUCCCUCAGCUGGGCCUGUGCCCGCCGCCCUCAGCAUCUGUCUCCAAAGGAGUUUGCCUUUGUGUGCUCCCCCCAGCCGGUGCUGUGGAGCCUGCAGGGAGGUGCAGUGGGGAGAAAGAAGAGACUUUUCAGUUCAGAGCUGCUGCUGCUCUUCAUUCCCUCGCUGCUGCUUAGCCACGUGCUGACCCUGGGACUGGGGAUCUACAUUGGGAAGCGGCUGGCAGCCUCCUCAGCAAACCCGCUGUGAAGAGCUGGGCUCAGCGAGAGAUGGGUGGCUCCACCGCCCUGCUCCUCCACUCAGCGUGUGGAGGGAGCCCAGGCACCAGCGUGGCCCAACUGCUCCCAGACUUCGUGUCUGUGGCACGAGGCGCCAUCUCCCCUUGUCAUUUCUUUAGCCCCAGCCUAGGGAGCUGAUCCUACCCUCCCAUGUAGACAGGAACCAACUGAUGGCAGCCCUCUGCUGCAGGCAGCCCCUGCCCUCCCCAUCCCUUGGUUACGGGUCCAGGUUCCUCCUCUUUAACACAAGACUGUAAAUAUGACUCCUGAGCCUGCAAUACCACAUGCA